AGAUAUGGCCAGGGGUAAAGGUAAAGAAGAUGCACGUAAUACUGAUCGUGGUGUUUUAACGGGUACAGGUAGAGGCCGAGGCCGAGGUGAUCCAGAAAUUGUUCGUGGUCGAGGCAUUAUAGCCACUGCACCUUCUUCAGUUGACUUUAGAGCCCCAGCACUUACUCCAACAACCCCUGUAUCAUACUCAGCCCCUGCAGCCCGUCCACUUGCUCCAGUUGCCCCCAUUGCCCCAACUUCUUCAAGUUCUAUUCCUGGAUCGAGUGCUAGUCGAUCUGCAUCCUCAUCCUCAUCAUAUGCUACUAGGACCUACUGUUAUGUGCAUGCAAGCGGAAAUCUUAUGCCUUCUGAGAAGACAUCUAGUGCCUGCACAAAGAUUUUUCAAAAGUACAAUGUCGAGGAGGGUUCUUCCUAGAAGAAUAUCCCACAAUCCACAAAAGAUUUUUAUUUUAGAGAGUUUGAG